AUAGAACUUUAAUAAUCUCACAAUAAAUUUUUAAUAUAUACUCGGUAUUUUUAAAUUCUAAUCACGCCAAACUAAAAUAUAUUCCAAAAUGAAUGAAGUAUUCAUUAUGGUAAAAAAAAUUCAGCACCAAACUAAUUUGGGGAUUGCCGCCGAUGAAUUUUUACAGAGUAUUUUCCAGAAAGCCUUCUUCUCUAGCGAGGGCAAAAUCACUAGUUUCUCAUACACGACCUUACCUUGCAGAUUUCGUCAUUCCGAUAACCGCUGACCUUGCAGAUUCUGGCAUACACCAGAUCCGACCGCCACUCCGUCCGAUGACUAGUGCUGAGGGAUACAACCUCUUUCCAGUGCUUCGUUGCCACUGUUUCCGCUGGUUUUUUGGUUACCCUCGAUUCAAUUCCAGUUCUCAGGAUACAAUCCCUACAGCUUGUAAUCCCAAAUCAGGUUUAUGACUUUUAAUUUAUUUCCCAGUAUGACGAGUUCGCAUAAUUAGUUUUAUCACAAGGGUUUGAGUAGCCAAUCAGCUUCUUGAUUCAUUAAUCUAUAAUAUCUGACUUUGUUUCUUUUCUGAAUCAGUUUUGUUUUUAGUGUUUGGGUAAAUUUGUGUUGGGAAAAUCACUCUUCAAUUUUCUAGCGGAAGCAAUUAAUAAUUUUCCCGUCUUUGUGUUGUCAAAAUGGGCAAAAUCAUAUGACCGAUCAAGAAUAGUAAACACAACAACAAGCAAUCAAUCAAGCGAUAAACGAACACCAAGAUUUAACGUGGAAACCCAAAAUCGGGGAAAAAACCACGAAGCCUUCCACUAAUCCCCAAGAAAAUCAGUGGGUACAACCAAGAAUCCUCUCUACAUCAAUUAGAGGUAUACACAAUCAUCAAGUAACAACUUGGAACACCAAACAACAAUAAUCUUCACUCAAAAGUAAGAAAUCCCCAAUAAAAAACGCAGCAGUAAACAGAGGCAGUUUUACCGACAUCGAGAGGUCGAAACAACAAUCCCAGCGUUGGAUAUGAAGAAGAGGAUGUGAGGAACAACAUACUAAAAUUCCAUCCCGAUC